CUUUAUUACGGCUCGUCUGACUGCACGCUAAAGAAUUUUCAUAACCGCUUCUCUUCUUCCUUCACAUCUUCCAAUGUUCUAUGGUAGAGUCGGUUCCGUUAUCUUAUCUGUCUUGCAUGAAUCACAACAUGUCAACACUUUUCUCGGUCAAGUCUCGGUAACCCUGCGAGGGCUUCAAUACAAUGGCAGAGCCACCAUUUCCUGUCCCUAUUGGCAUGGAAUGGGAUCCCAAAAAGAAAAGAUUCUUCAAAGCAGCGCCAAAGGGUGGUCCAUCAAGUCAACAAAAAUCACAAUCUCGAACGAAAAAGAGAAAAGCUCGUCAAAAGGAGGAAUCGUCAAGCUCAAAGGGUGGUCGAGCAACAUCGACCGAACAACUUUCACCAGAGCUUAAAACACCAACAGUUGUAACUCAUCCACGCUUCUCAUCAUUUGGACACAAUCAUGCAAAUGCAUGGCAAUCGUUACGCAGUACGGCGCCUAGAAUGGUGGAUGUGCAUGCUACACAACAAGCUCUGGUAAUUCAACAGCUAGGCCAACUUCGUCACUUGAGAACGGCUACGGCGGAUAUGCCACAUGGACCCAGUCCAUUCUUCAAUCGGAGAUUAGUUGGCAUUCAUGAUCUAAACGGUAAUGACAGAUUUGGAUCUAUUCUCUUCUUCAUGAGCUGGAACGGGUUUGUGUAUUCAAUAGAUACAUCUCAAAUGCAUUCGACAGGAACGACUGAAGUUGCACUACACCUAGCUGAACUGUCAUGGCAUGCACCUCAACGACCCUAUCAAGAUCGCAUCCCACUCUCGCCUACAACUCUUUCUUUUCGAGCAACGAUGGCGGAUAGGCUAUUGGUAUAUGCUCCAAGUGAAACACCAGAUUGCUAUGGACUAGAUGAUGAUUGUUUUGCAUUCUUUGCCUCACCGUUGGAAUUAAAGGUAUAUCGUCUUUCAACAAGUGCGUCUAAUGAACAAUCAGGAAGAUGUAUCAAUGUGAUGCCGGAUAAAUAUCACGUCAAAAUACUACGCAAUUGGCCAACAGGUGGAUACAUUACACUGAGCAUGCGUCGUCUUCGAGCGCAAGGAUGUUUGAUUAUCUGUGUAGGAGUGGGUAAUCGGAUCUGCUUGUACCGUCUUGCAGUUACGGAAGAUCAAGAUGGCCCUUUUGGGAUGAACUAUAUUCCGUCACAGAGCAAGGUCUUUCGCCGUGCUGACAGUGAUGUGAUGUCGCACGACAUCAGUGCAGAUGGUUCACAUGUCAUUGUAGGAUGUCGAAAUGGUAGGGUAGCACGUCUACCACUGCUGUUUGAAGAUGGGAGCAAUGAUCUGGCAAACAAAUCAAGUAGAAUAGUCGAAUCGGAUUAUUUGCCCUUACGUGGCGUGGGUGCAGUGACUAAUGUGAAGCAUAUGUCCGAUGAUGAAGUCUUGUUGGCUUAUAGUAGCGGUAACCUGGUUUCUUGUUUAUUGCACAAGCCAAAUCAAGCACAUAUGGUGUUUGAAGGCCAUAUCAAUUCAUGGACUCUCAAUCCGCCAAUGACGAUCGAUUUGCGUUACAAGGUCUUUGCUUUAGCCGGUCAAGAUCGCCGAGUCCGAAUUUGGAGUUUCGACCAUGCUCAGCCACUUGGAUACGAUUCCGGAUCAAUUCAAGAAGAGCAAAAUAAAAUGGUGAUAGAGGAUGAUGAUGUAGAUGAUGAAAUGAACACAUUUGAUCCUCAUCGAGAUUCUACAUCGACCCAACAAAAAUUGUCUCAAGUUGUUUUCGCCAAUCAAGUCACAGGCUUAACAUUUUGUCAACGUUUUGCCGUUUCGAAUGAUGAAGCCAUGCAAAAUUCGACAUUUUUACCUAGAGGGGUACCUGCUCUAGCCAUUUCGUGUGGUGGCAGUGAGAUUACCUUUUUCGAAUGAUUUUCUGUAUAUUUCUAUCUGUAUUCUACGUUGUAUUUUUUACGUCGAUUCUCACUUAGAAUCUGGUGAUGCGAUCGAGUAUGUUGUACCUUAAUUUGAUCUUUCACACCAGAUGCUUAUACUCUUUUUAGCUUUCUUCGGUCAACGUUCGGGCACGUAAACGGCAGAAGUUGAAACAAGCGUUCUAGCCUUGAUUUUUCUCCACUUUCUUAAUAUUACAG